AUGGCGGACAUCACCCAUCUUGAAGCGGAUGAAGUCAAAUCCUUGGAGGGUGCCCUGGAGAAUACUAGAAGCAAGAUUAUCUUCUUUGGAAAUGAGUUUCCCAGUGAUGACUUGAAACUCCUAUUCCGCCAUCUCCACCGGCACAGCAAAGACCGACGAUUUCGUUUGUUAAGCGCCUUUUGCCAUGAGGCGACGUUGGUUCUUAGAGAUGAGAUCUCUAAGCUCCCGCAAUCUUUACAAGACCAAGUCCCGCAUUUUGAGUCUGUGUUCACUCUGGCAGAGCAUGGUGACUUUCGUGAAGGCGGCCUAGGAGCAGCAAUGGAAAGCGCCCUCUUAGUUGUCCUACAACUUGGUAUUUUAAUCGGGGCACAUGAGGCAGAUGAUGUCGAAUUGGAUCUUGUCUCUUCUCCAGCCACUCUGGCUGGUUUGAGUAUUGGUCUCUUUGCAGGUGCAGCUGUGGCAUUAUCAAAUACCCUCGCAGAUGUGUUCAAAAAUGGAGCGGAGAGCCUAAGAGUGUCCUUUCGCUUAGGAGUCUACGUUGACGACCUUUCUCGGAAGCUCGAAGCACCUCAACCCGAUGGGGCGCCGCAGAGCUGGGCUCAUGUUGUUACGGGCAUGAAAGCGGAGGCUGUCCAGGCCGAGUUGUCCAAAUACAACGCGGAGUCAGGGGGCCCGGAACUUACCAAAGUCUUCAUCAGCGCUGCGGAUAAGAACUCGGUGAGCAUCAGUGGACCACCGUCCCGCAUCAGGGAAGCCUUCCAGCGAUCUCAUGACUUGAGAUAUUCCAAGUCCUUUGCUCUGCCCGUGUAUGAUGGCCUCUGCCAUGCCUCGCACAUCUACGGACAGGAAGACAUCAGGGCGGUUCUCGACAAGUCCGCUGCACUCAUUCCGCAUUCGCGCCCAGUACAACACUCGCUGCUCUCAUCCCGAAGCGGAAAGCCCUUCACUGCAGCGACGGCUGGAGAACUAUUUGAGGAGAUUAGCACUGAGCUGAUCACGGGUACCAUCUACCUGGACAAUAUCACAGAUAACAUUAUCGACCGCAUUAAUAGUGGUCUCUCUGGUCCACCGAAUGAGUUACAAGUUGACACUUUCCGGACAUCUAUCGUCUUCAAGGGCAUCAUGGAAGCCAUUCAGGCCGCAUUUCCUGAUAUGGAAUUCAAGCGAAACGAUUUCCUCGACUGGGUUUACAAAGAUUUCGGUGAUCGACUUCCUAGUUCGUUUGCCAACUCUAAACUCGCCAUCGUUGGCAUGAGCUGCCGUAUGCCCGGAGGCUCAAACGAUCUCGAGGAGUUCUGGGAACUUCUAGAGCAAGGGCGUGACGCUCAUACAACUGUACCUGCGGACAGAUUUGAUCUCGAUGCGCAUUACGAUCCGUCUGGCAAGACUGAGAAUGCCACUCAGACUCGCUUCGGCAAUUUCAUCGACCGCCCCGGCUACUUCGAUGCCGCAUUCUUCACCAUGUCCCCCAAGGAGGCAAAAGAAACUGAUCCAAUGCAGCGCCUUGCGCUCGUGACUGCCUAUGAAGCCAUGGAGAGGGCGGGCCUCGUUCCGGGUCGCACUCAAUCCACCCGUUCAGACCGCAUUGGUGUAUACUUCGGCCAGGCCAGCGACGACUGGCGCGAGCUCAAUGCAUCACAAAACAUCGGCACUUAUGCGGUCCCUGGAGGCGUACGAGGCUUUGCCACAGGACGUAUCAAUUAUUUCUUCAAAUUUUCGGGACCUUCCUUCAAUAUUGACACGGCUUGCUCGAGUUCCAUGGCUGCGGUACAUGCUGGUUGCUCUGCAUUGUGGGCUGGCGAAGCUGAUUCCAUCAUUGCCGGUGGCUUGAAUGUGAUCACUGAUCCUGAUAACUAUGCGGGUCUUUGCAAUGCUCACUUCUUAUCCAAGACUGGUCAGUGCAAGGUCUGGGAUAAGGACGCCGACGGGUAUUGCCGAUCCGACGGUAUCGGAUCCAUCGUGAUUAAGAGACUCGAGGACGCUGAGGCCGAUAAUGACAACGUUUUGGCUGUCAUUCUUUCAGCCGCGACAAACCACUCUGCUGAAGCCAUUUCAAUCACACACCCGCAUGCAGGCGCGCAAAGAGACAACUACCGUCAGGUUCUUCGCAAGGCUGGAAUUAGCCCUCUUGAUGUAAGCUUCGUUGAGAUGCACGGCACUGGCACCCAGGCUGGCGACGCAAUUGAGUCCGAGUCGGUUCUGGACGUGUUCGCUCCACUUGCACCCCGUCGCCGCCCGGAUCAGCGGCUCCACCUUGGAGCAGUCAAGGCCAACAUAGGACACGGCGAGGCCGCUGCCGGCAUCUCGUCACUGAUCAAGACACUGCUCUGUUUCCAAAAGGCACAACUGCCGCCACACAUUGGAAUAAAAACAGAGGUUAACCCAACUAUCCCUAAGGACCUGGAAAGACGCAACGUAGGACUCGAUAUGGCUCUCACACCAUGGCCAAGGCCCGCAGGAAAGAAGCGUCUCGCUUUGGUUAACUCUUUUGGCGCCCACGGAGGCAAUACUACGCUUCUCCUGGAAGACGGACCGGAGAGAGUCAAAUCUCGGACUAGCAGCGCGGACGCCCGCUCAACACAUCCCAUUAUCAUAUCAGCCAAGAGCAAGAAGUCACUGCAAGCAAACCUAGAGAACAUGUUGUCUUACUUGGAGAAGAAACCAGAGACGGACCUCGCCGAUCUCUCCUAUACUCUGUGCGGUCGGCGUAUGCAUCACCCUCUGCGCAUUGCCACAACGGCGAGCACCAUCUCAGGCGUACAGAAGUUCCUACGCUCCUCGCUGGAGAAUAGUGCUCAUACCAAGGUGUGGCCAGUUCCUUCAGAUACUCCACCUGUUGUGUUCACCUUCACCGGUCAGGGCUCUUCAAGCCGGGGUAUCCGCCAGGACCUCUUUGACGACUCUCCAUUCUUCCAGGCACAGGUUCUUCAACUUGACAGACUUGUCCAACGCCUGGGCUUCGCCUCAGUUGUACCUGCUAUCACUGGAAGUUCCGAGGAAAAUGUAGAUUCCCCAAUUACCAGUCAACUCAGCAUCGUCGUUCUCGAGAUUGCUCUUGCGCGGUACUGGUCAUUGCUUGGUGUCCGACCCAGUGCUGUCAUUGGCCAUAGCCUCGGUGAGUACUCAGCCUUGGCUGUUGCUGGUGUUCUGUCCGUUGUGGAUGUCUUGAACCUUGUCGGACGCCGCGCCCAGCUUACAGAAAAGCUCUGUAUUCCUGGAAGUCACUCUAUGCUGUCUGUUGCAGCUUCCCCUGCAGACCUGGAAGCGGCUCUAAAGAAUGACGCCAAAACCGCCAAGCUCAACUACACUGUAUCAUGCAGGAAUACCCACCAGGAUACAGUCAUUGGGGGUCCAAAGGACGAGAUCAGCAUUAUCCGAGAAACACUUGAGACUACCUGCUACAAGUGUGUGCUAUUGGAUAUUCCCUUUGCGUUCCACACGGCGCAAAUGGAGGCAGUGCUCGACGAGCUUGAGAAAAUGGCGGAAAAGGUCCAUUUCAAGGCUCCAAGUAUCCCCGUCUUGUCGACCCUGCUAGGAAGCGUUGUGUUCGAUGGCAAGACAAUCAAUGCGAACUACAUCCGCAAUCAGACACGCAAUACUGUUAGCUUUGCCGACGCUAUCGAGGCCGCGCAAGAUCUCGGCAUGGUUGAUGACAAAACACUUUGGAUUGAAUGUGGACCACAUCCAGUCUGCGUCAGCUUCGUGCGCAAGUUGAUGCCGCAAGCCCGUGUCGCCUCUUCAUGCCGUCGCAAUGAAGAGAAUAUGACUACUAUGGCCAAGAGCCUGGUCACACUGCACCUUGCUGGUGUUACGCCAUGCUGGCAUGAGUAUUUCAAGCCCCAUGAGCCGGCGUUGUCCUUGAUCAGCGACCUUCCCAAGUACAGUUGGAAUGAGACCAACUAUUGGAUUCCCUACCUUGGUACCUGGACCCUUGACAAAGCUCUCCUCAAGUAUGGUGGCCAGUUCCUCCCUAGUGGCAGGGCAGGGCAGCCCAUGUCUAUUUCGGCAAGUCCUGCAAUCCGCUCUUCUCUCAUUCAUCAGGUCCUUAGUGAGACAGUUGAAGCUACAACGGCCACUAUGCAUGUUCUCUCCGACCUGCAGCAUCCAGAUUUCCUAGCUGCAGUAUGGGGACAUAAGAUGAACAACUGUGGCGUGGCAACAUCAUCUAUCUGGACCGACAUGGCGCUAACAAUGGGCGACCACUUGUACCGCCGGCUUGUGCCCCAAGCGAAAGAGGUAAACAUGAACGUCAGCGACCUAGAGGUUCUACACGCGCAGGUUGCUAGCAAGUCCAAGGGCUGCUCUCAACCGAUCAAGCUUGAGGCUCAUCUGGACUUGAAUAGCGACUCGAUGACAUUAGCAUGGUUCAACGUCAGCGCUGAGACAGGCGAACGCUCCGCCGAGUCGUUUGCAACAGCCGUCGUUCGAUUCGAGAAUGCUCUGUUCUGGAAGGCUGAGUGGGAUCGAGUAACACAUCUUGUCCUUGGUCGAAUUGAGGCACUCCAGCAAAUGGCUAUUGAAGGCAAGGCCAACCAACUGUCAAAGAACAUGGCGUAUACACUGUUCAAGAAUGUCGUCGACUACGCAGACAAGUACCGUGGCAUUGACACUAUGGUUCUGCACGAAUACGAAGCGUUCGCCAACGUAACGCUUUCUUCCGAAAACCACGGCACGUAUCACACGCCGCCUCAUUGGAUUGACCCCGUCUGCCAUUUGGCAGGUUUAAUCAUGAACGGAAGCGAUGCGUCUAAUACUCGGGACUACUUCUAUGUUACGCCUGGAAGUGACAGCUUCCGUUUGCUGAAGCCACUUGAGGCCGGCGUGAAGUAUCAAAGCUACGUCCGCAUGUUUCCCCUUCAAGUGGAGGCGGGAAGCAUGCAGAUGCAGAUGCACGCAGGCGACAUUUAUAUUCUACGAGAUCAAGAAAUCGUCGGAGUUCUCAGUAAAAUUCGAUUCCGCCGCGUUCCGCGCCUGUUGAUGGACCGAUUCUUUUCGGCACCAUCAGCUACUGCAACUACUGAAGUCACUCAUGGCGGUCACAAUUCUGGUACCCAGAUCAGCCACGAGCCUCGGGUUUCACAUCACGCUCUUCCGCCAGCCCACCCCCCGCCUAGCGAGGGGAGCAAGUCAGAGCAAGAGGGGAUAGAGUCUGGCUUAAUGGGCCAGUGUCUGCGCGUCAUUGCGGACGAGACCAAUCUCGAACUAAACGACCUGACUCCCGAUGCCUUGUUCGCACAACUUGGAGUCGAUUCACUGAUGUCGCUCGUUCUUUCGGAAAAGUUCCGUAGCGAGCUGGGCAUCGAGAUCAAGAGCUCACUGUUCCUUGAAUGCCCUACCAUUGGUGAAAUGAAGGACUGGAUAGAACAGAACUGUUGA